AAAAAUUCAUAGACAACGAGUCAUGUGAGUUUCUUUUUGACACCAGGUGACAGAUAGUGGUCGAUACUUCAGUAUUUUAGAAUCAAAAAUUCUCAAAAAAUAAACCAAUAAAAUGGUUUUCGUAUUGUGUGGUCCUAAAUUAUCGCUAUGUGGACUAAUUUUGAGUGUGUGGGGAAUCAUACAAUUGACGCUGAUGGGCGUCUUUUAUUACAUCAGGGCUGUAGCGUUGCUUGAAGAUCUUCCGCUAGAUCCCAAUGUCCAUGAACUUGAUCUUUUCAUAGGUGAAGUGGAAUCUGGAUACACACAGAAUGCACACAACUGCUGGAUUGCUGCUUUGCUUUAUGUAAUUACUCUCGUCAUAUCUGGUCACCAGUUCUGGAUGAACAAUCGUUCAUCAGUGAGUAUGUAGAGAGUGAUAAAUAAUGCGAUGGAAGAAUGAACAGAUGUUACUAUGUACUAUUGAGUAAUUCCAUUCCAUUUAAUUUAUUGACAUAUUGCUAGAGUCCUAGUAGAAUGUAACUAAAGUUAUAAAAACCAACAAAAAAGUUUUUAUGUUAACUCCAGACAAUUACUAAUUUCAUAUUCAUGGAAAGUGUAACAUUUAGAUGAUAAUUGCAUUUGUCUAUCAGUGAAAAUCCAAUCUAAGAUUUAUUUUAUGGGAUAACUUAACUAAAUUGUGCAAAAUGUAGAAUAAUUUAUAAGGUUUUAAACAUUAAUUAUGUAUAUUUCCAUUACCAUAUCUGUUUUUGUCAUACGGAAUAAUAGUUUAAAAAAUGUAGCCUAUUUGUAUACCGAAAUAUAUUUACUGUUGUACCCUUCUGAGAUAAGAUCCAUCUUGAUUUUGUGCUUAUUAAUUUACCAACCAUAUUGCUUAAGUUUAUUGAUGAUUUGUUGGAAAUUGUAAAUAAUAUUGUAGGUAUUCUAUAAUUGCAUAGAUUUUCCUUGAAUAAAUGUAUUAAUGUUACAUUGAUUUUCAUUUGCAUUUUUUAGUUAUUUUUGUGAUCAGGGUUGGACCAGGACAAAAUAAUAAGAUUCGGGACAGUCGUUGAAAU